AUGGAGACUCCUAAAUUAGGGUUCGCUCACAUGUUCGUCGACAGAGAGGACCAAUAUUUGUACAUAAAGACUCUCGGUAUCGGCUUGGAGGCCAGUGCACAACUUGUAAUUCACGUCCAGACUGGUGAUCUGGUUGUGCGAAAGCAUACUCUAAGGGAAUACCUGGAAGCAUCGAUCGAGCCAGAGCUCCGCAGGUUGGCCCAUGGCCCUCCUUCGAGCUUGCCUAAAUUGGAGCGGUUACUCGAGCUUCUCUCAGCAGCGCCUCCUACCACCCCACCGGACAUGCGACCUUUUAUUCCUUGCGAAGACCAAAGCACACCUUUGCCGCGUCUUUACGAUACGUGGGAAGAAGCCGAAAACGCGCGGUACAUCGACGGACCUUGGCAUGUAGCUCAGCGAGGACGAGGAGCCAAAGUCGUUGUCCAACGGCGUGUGAUAUACUUCCCUUCUCACAGCAGCCAUGUUGCCGCGGCACGGCAACCCCUACCGUCGAAGGUGUCAGCGAAAGGCUGCGAGAAAUUCAAAAUAGGAUACGCAGGUCCCCCGCUGCCUCACGACUCCGUGUACACAGGGCGCCUUGUGGAUGCGACCCUUUUCGAAUCUUUGAGGCAUCUUCAGGUGCAUCCUGCGACUGCGCGGAUCGCCCUGCGCUUCCUGAGGUCGUUCAAGCGGACCAAGAGGAAGAAGCUCAAGAGGAAGAACCCCAAAGGCGAAGGUACGCUCCCGGACCGGACGACUGCUAUCACCUACGAGCCCGACGUGAGCGACGACCUCCUUCGGGAUAUUCGUGGUGAGAGACUCGGUCUGCUCCUCGCCUCUAGAAGAUCCCGUGAGGAGGCAGGCGCCUACUUCUAUGGUCAAAGUUUCUUCUCAUUCGGCUUCCCGCGAGAGCGAGGUCCAGUGGAUAUCGGUAUUUACCAUGGUGUGCUAGCUGCGGAGGCGUUUUUCCGUGAUCAUACUCGUGUGUUGAACCAAUUCAGACGGAUUCGCCUUGAAGUAGGCACAAUCGGGGCUAGAGGUGACACGACCGAAAUUGCGCUGACACCGCGCACUAUGGAGGGGCCUCGGCAACGAUUUCAACGAUUUAAUUGGACAGAUGGUUGGGAUCACAUAGAUGGUGUAAUGGAUACACUGGCGCAAAUGCCUAAUCUCGAGCACUUGAGCUUGGGCUUCCGUCAAUUGCCACCACUCUGGCACGAUCGCGGGCUCACACCCCUCUUUCCCAUGAGAAUAUCCGGGCCUAUGCUUACUGUCCUUAAGGAUCCGCGAGAGCUCUAUCCCAUUACUAGGAGUAUGUUUAACAUAGGGCCACGUAAUCGCUUGUCAUUAAGCCUCGAUGUCAAUUAUCGAGUACCUGCAAACACUACUGCCGACGUACGGGGUCGGGAUGUUGAUCGCGCUGUGUAUUUCCUCAGCGUAUUGCGUAACUACAUGCUUGUAAACGGAGAUAGGCUGGGGUUCAGGGGUAUCCGCGUUACCAGAUGGGGCAGGGGUGAGUGGCGUUCAGUACUUGUUGAGAGCGAUGAGGAGUGGAUCGAGCAGACGGGAGAACACCAAAGCAGACUACGAGGGGUAGAUCCUGAUGAUGAAGAAGACGAGAAUGUUCUGAUUUAUGACUCCGGUGAUAUCCCACCACUGCAACUACCGCCAAUCUCGUCUCGGCCAUUAAGGGAACCGGGAGGCCCACGCACACGGCCUCCUGCACAAGAUUCUGCUCAAUUCCAAAUCGUGAAGCAGUUGCAGAGGGGGUCAUCCGAGAGCCCGCCACUGGGCCACAGAUGA